UUGAAUUAUCUUUCUUUACGACUUAGACUUCAAACCCGUUUAGAGUUACCAUACUUAAUUCGAGCACGUACUUCCUGUUUACCUGUGAGUGUGUUUCACGCAUCGGUCGAUUGUUCCAAUCAUUCAUUUUCUACUUAGAGAUAGCACACACUUCUUUUACCACACAUGAAGUACAUAAUAAAGACUACGCACCGUCCUAUUGUGUCUUUGGUUAAACUAUCUGCAAAAGUAAUGGCAGAAUAGUAAAAGAAGUGUUCCUAUCAAGAUGUCUGACGCAGAAGACCGGCUAAGUAGAAUAAGAACUCUAACAAAGAAAGGACGAGAGUUUUUCUACAGUAAACUAGAGUCUUACGUUAGGGAUGUCGAUAAGUCCUGGAAGGAGUUUGAAGACAUUUUAGUGAAUUUCGAUGAAUCUUCCACAGACAUUAAAUACCUCCGAAAAAUUGAGACAGAUCUAGAGAAGGCAAAAAAGCAUUAUGUCAUGGAUACAGAUGUACUGUUUUCCUUUUUUAAUCGUUCUCACACGGAAGAGAGUGAAGUGGAAAUGGAGAAACAUUUAGUGAAAAAUGAAAGAUGUCAUACAGUGAUGGAUAAUUUCAGGGAAAAGAUUAAAAAUCUACUUCUUGAUGCGGCUGAAAUACUUUCCGAAAGAUAUGAAACUAGAUCCGAAGCUACCAUUUCUAGCCGACACAGCAGUAUAAAAUCAGAAUUGAGGAAAAAACGCAUGCAAGCCAAAGCUCAACAGACACGACUCGCCUUUGCCGAAAAACAAACAGAACUACAAAAGGAAAAGAAUUUACUUGAAGCAAAAUUAGAUCUCCUUGAACAACAAAAGGAAGUAGCUACCUUGGAGGCGGAGAUCCGGGUGCUAGAAGAUAAUGAUUCGUCGCGUGGGCUAGAAUACUUUCCAUCGAGAUAUACAGAACUAAUGGCGUCUUCAAAAGAGAAAUUUACAGCUGACUUUGUGAAUGGACAAACACGUUUCAGUGAUAUUGAAAGUAAAGAAGAAAAGAAAAUUGACAUUCAUGAUAACAUCCUAUCACCACCUAGACGUGAACCGUUGAAUCCGUAUGCAUCCGAAUUCAGACCAUGUUCACACUCUGGAGUCGCCACAGACUUAACGCAAUUUCUUCUGAAGAAAGAUCUUCUUCUUUCCCGUUUUAGUUCCUUCAACGAUCGACCAGAAACAUACGAAACCUGGAAAGCUACCUUUAAAAACAUCACUAAAGAGCUGAAUGUGACGCCAUUUGAGGAAAUGGAUUUAUUGGUGAAAUGGUUGGGAUCCGAAUCACGAAAGUUUGCCAGCAGUAUGAGAGCUUCAAAUAUCAACAACCCAUUCACAGGAUUACGUCGCAUAUGGGAUCGUCUUGAAGAGAGAUAUGGCAGACCCGAAAUGAUAGAAACUGCCUUGAAGCAAAAACUGGAUAGUUUUCCCAAAAUUUCAUCCAAAGAGCCAAAGAAAUUGUACGAUCUCUUAGACAUUCUUACAGAAAUUGAGUCUGUCAAAGAAAAUCCGACAUAUGCGAUUCUUCUCUCAUAUUUCGACUCAUCGUCUGGAGUUAUUCCCAUCAUCAAUAAGCUCCCUCAUGGACUGCAAGAGAAAUGGGUUUCCCAAGCUGCCAGAUACAAGAAACAGUUUAAUGUUCCUUUUCCACCUUUUGGAUUCUUAGUCAACUUCAUCCGAGAGCUCAGCACGAUGAAAAAUGAUCCAGCUCUUCAAUAUGAAUGUUCAGAAUCAUCUUCUACAUCGAAAAAACGACAACAAGAAAGUAAAGGAACUACAGGAUCUCUUUCUGUUCAUAGCCGAAAAACGGAGUUAGCAGGGGAAGACGAAGAAAACAAAACUAACACUAAUUCAAGAUGUCCAAUACACAAAGCAGAUCAUACAUUGCAUGCAUGCAGAGCUUUCCGUGCGAAACCGCUCCAAGAACGAAAGGAUAUUCUUCGUGAGCAUGGAUUUUGUUACAAGUGCUGUAUGUCCAAGCACCUUUCUAGAAAUUGUAAGGCGACCAUUAAAUGUGAUAUAUGUGGAAAUAAGCGUCAUGCGACAGCGAUGCACCCCGAUCAAGGACCCAGCAAUGUGACAGCCAGCGUCAGCACAGUUGCAGAUGGCGGGGAGAGGAAAUUACCAACAAAAUCAACAGUGGAUAGUAAAUGUACUGAACUCUGUGAACAAACGCUCUGUGGACGCUCUUGUGCAAAAGUUGUUCCCGUACGAGUGUAUCCUUUAGGAAAUAAAGAUAGCGCUGUCCGGGUGUACGCCAUUAUAGACGAGCAGAGCAAUAGAACACUCGCCAGAUCAGAAUUCUUCAAUCUUUUCGACACACACAAUGAAACUCAAACGUACACUUUGUUCUCAUGCAGCGGACGUUCUAUCUGUAGUGGAAGAAGAGCAUGUGGUUUUGUUAUCGAAUCUAUUGAUGGCAGCUAUCAGAUAAACCUUCCAACUGUCAUAGAAUGCGAUGAUAUACCGAACAACAGACAGGACAUUCCAACACCAGAAGUGGCAAAUGCAUAUCCUCAUUUGUCAGAAAUUGCUAGUGAACUACACCCUCUUGAUAUCGACAUGGAAAUUCUUCUCUUAAUUGGACGUGAUCUUGGAGAUGCGCACCAUAUUAUUGAGCAAAGAAUAGGCCCAUCGCAGUCACCAUACGCGCAGAAACUUGGUCUUGGAUGGGUUGUCAUCGGAGAGGUGUGUCUAGGCAGAACUCACAGACCAGAGAUUGUUAUCGCAAACAAAGUAACAAUUUUACCAAACGGUAGAACUACUGUAUGUGAUCCGUGUACAAGUAACAUCGCUGUUAAGGAAAUACCAUGCAUUCCUGAAACAGAUCUUAUUGGAGACUCUGUAUUUCAUACAACUGAAUACGAUGACCAACCUGGACUAUCCAUAGAUGAUAGAUUGUUUUUGUCUAUGAUGGAUCGAGAACUCUAUCGAAAUGACAGUGGACAAUGGGUUGCACCGUUACCGUUCAAGGAACCAAGACGGAGACUCCCAGAUAACAGGCAACUAGCUGUUAAAAGAGCUCAUAUUUUGGACGUGAAUCUAAAGAGAAACCCAGAAAAAUGUCUGCAUGCCACCACAUUUAUCCAGCAGAUAAUUGAUUCUGGUCAUGCUGAACGUGCACCACCAGUCAAUGAAAGGGAGGAGUUCUGGUACUUACCUAUUUUCAGUGUGUACCAUUCCAAAAAGCCAAAUCAGAUCAGAAUGGUUUUUGACUCGUCCGCUCAGUUUAAUGGUGUUUCAUUGAACAAUGUCUUGCUCUCUGUACCCGAUCUCACAAAUAGCUUACUUGGAGUGUUGAUGCGAUUUAGAGUUGAAAAAAUAGGCAUCAUGGCGGACAUCCAGCAAAUGUUCCAUUGCUUCAAAGUAAAGGAAGACCAUAGGAACUACUUGCGAUUUCUGUGGUAUGAAGAUAACAACCCUCAAAAAGAGUUAGUGGACUAUAGGAUGUGCGUUCAUGUGUUUGGUAACAACCCCUCACCUGCUGUUGCCACAUAUGGCUUGCGAAGAACAGCACAAAAUGCGGAAACUACAUUUGGACAUGAUGUUCGUAGCUUUGUAGAGCAUAACUUCUACGUGGAUGAUGGCCUUGUCUCCCUACCAUCAGUCAAGCAAGCAGUGAGUUUGAUGAAGAGGACACAACAAGCCUUGAUUCAAGAAGGUGGACUACGAUUACACAAAAUUGUAUCAAACAACAGCGAUGUAAUGAACAGUUUCCCUUCAGAAGACCUUGCAAAAGAUCUAAUGUCUUUAGAUCUCACAACAGAUGUGCUCCCUAUCCAGCGAAGUUUGGGGAUGAGUUGGGAUUUAAAAUCCGAUUCGUUUACAUUCAGAAUCUCAGCUGAAGAAAAACCAUUUACACGUCGUGGGUUACUUUCAACCUUGAAUAGCUUCUACGAUCCUUUAGGAUUUUUAGAUCCUGUUCUUAUCAAAGGCAAGUUGCUUUUGAGAAAACUGAAUGCUGAAACAACAGAUUGGGACCAGGUUUUACCUAAAGAAUAUGAAAAACAAUGGACUGAUUGGAAAGAACAGAUGCAAAGCCUUGAGACUUUGUAUAUUCCUCGACAGUAUACUACUUUGCCGUUAACCUGUUCCAUCAGACAAGAAGUGCAUCUUUUUACUGAUGCUUCUGAGGAAGCGAUUGCUGCAGUUGCCUAUAUCAAAUUAACGGACGCCGAUGGCAACCAACAACAAGGUUUCUUACUUGGAAAGGCUAAAGUUGCUCCUAAGAGUGCUGUGACAAUACCACGCUUAGAAUUAUGUGCAGCAGUUCUUGGCAUUGAAAUCGCCAAUAUCAUAAAGAAACAAAUGAGUAUCCCAACAGAAGAAUUUCACUUCCAUACAGAUAGCAAAGUGGCACUCGGCUACAUCUGUAACAACACUAGACGGUUUUACACUUACGUAAGCAACAGAGUGGAAAAAAUUCGUAAAGCUUCUGUUCCAGAACAAUGGAAUUAUGUUCCAUCUGAAUAUAACCCAGCUGAUGAAGCAACCAGGUCAUCAUCAAACAGAAUUCUGACAGACACCACAUGGCUCAAAGGACCAACCCGCUGGUUUACCAAACGUUUAGAUCCAGAUGAUACGGAAUAUUCUGAACCAGAGAACCUUGGUCCAAAUUAUAAACUUGUGAAUUCAGAGUUGGAUAAAGAAAUUAGACCAGUGAUAUCAGUCAUCAAAUCAUGCGUAGAUCUGACAACUUUUGUAUCUGGAUUAAAACAUUACUCAACUUGGAAAGGCUUGGUUGGAGGAAUAGCUCAUCUGAAACACAUUGCCAGAAGCUGGAGUGGGCAACCGCCAUGUAAAGGCUGGCAUGCUUGUUCUAAAGCUAAAGAUAUACAUCUUCUACAGGAAGCUGAAAAAGUGAUCACCAGGGAAGUCCAGAAGGAAAGUUUUGCUGAAGAAAUUGAACAAUUGCAAACAGGACAACCAAUCAAAAAAGGGAGUACCAUAUUGAAACUCAAUCCUUUCAUCGAUUCGGAUGGUAUCUUGCGUGUUGGAGGCAGGCUCAACAAGGCUUCCCUUGAUGUUACAGCAAAGAAUCCAAUCAUCAUAUCGGGUAAACAUCACAUUGCAAAAUUGAUUAUACGACACUACCAUGACCUCAUGAAACAUCAAGGACGUCAUUACACAGAGGGGGCGGUACGAGCUGCAGGUUUUUGGAUAAUUGGUGGAAAGCGCCAAGUGUCAUCCAUCAUUUUUCACUGUGUGACCUGUAGAAAGCUGAGACGGUGUGUAGAGCAUCAGAUAAUGGCAGAUUUGCCAAAGGACCGUUUAACACCAGGUCCUCCAUUUUCAAGCGUUGGUGUUGACACAUUUGGACCAUGGCAAAUAGUCACCCGUCGCACCAGAGGAGGUCAAACCCAUGGAAAACGUUGGGCAAUUAUGUUUUCAUGCCUUACGUCUCGUGCUGUACACAUGGAAGUGAUCGAAGAUAUGACCUCAUCAUCAUUCAUCAACGCUUUAAGGAGGUUCAUUGCCAUCAGAGGACAUGUAAAGGAAUUUCGAUCCGAUCGAGGGACAAAUUUUAUCGGAUCAACAGAACACCUAGGGGUAGAUGUCAUCAACAUUGAAGAUGGACCUAUCAAGAGAUUUUUCCUCGAUCAAAGAUCAGUAUGGAUCUUCAAUCCACCACAUGCUUCGCACAUGGGCGGAGCAUGGGAACGCAUGAUAGGCCUGACACGACGCAUUCUGGAUACCAUGUUGAUGGACAAAGCAGUCAAGGCAUUAACCCAUGAAAUACUCACCACCUUUCUUGCAGAGGCUAGCGCAAUCAUCAACUCGCGACCACUGGUACUUACCUCAUCAGAUCCUGAAUACCCUCUGAUCCUUACACCCUAUACACUUCUUACCCUGAAAACAGACAAGGGAGGGGAACCUCUUGGACCUUUCAGUGAAAAAGAUGCAUACACGGCCCAGUGGAAAAGAGCUCAACAUUUAGCUGAUAUAUUUUGGCAACGUUGGAGAAAAGAAUAUCUCGUAACCCUACAAAAUCGGAAACGAUGGCCAACAAACCAGAGAAACAUAACUGUUGGUGAUGUUGUUCUUCUGAAAGAUGACGGUGUUCAUCGUUGCGACUGAAAAAUGGCUGUAGUUGAACGUACAUUUCCUAGCCAUUCAGACAAGAAAGUACGUACCGUGGAGUUACGUGUGAUUCGAGAUGGACAAGCUGUGUAUUAUACUCGUCCUGUUACAGAACUGGUUCUUUUGUUACCCGUGUGAACAUCAUGACAUUUUGAUUUGCAUAUGUAUUUCCUUUGAAUUAUUGAAAUUCUUUACAAGAGACAUAUAGUGAUAUCUCCCGAUAUCAGACGGGGAGUGUGAAGAGUUAUCGUUAUUUGUUAAAAUAUUUCCUCUUUUUUAUAUUGAAUUAUCUUUCUUUACGACUUAGACUUCAAACCCGUUUAGAGUUACCAUACUUAAUUCGAGCACGUACUUCCUGUUUACCUGUGAGUGUGUUUCACGCAUCGGUCGAUUGUUCCAAUCAUUCAUUUUCUACUUAGAGAUAGCACACACUGUAAGUAGUCUUUUGCAGUUCAUUAUCAUGAUUCUCUUAGCCUUUGAAUACAUAUUUACUUUAUUUUGGUUUGUUAGCUAUUCUUGUAUAUUAUAUUUAGAAGUGGCAUACAUCUGAAUAUUUUCUAUGGAACGCCGUUAGUGUCAUAUGCAUCUUUCACAUAAAUGUACGCACUUAACAAAUUUUUCUACGGAAACAAGUUUGUGAUAAAAUUAAAUCCAAAUUUUGACUAUUUUCUUUUUGUAACAUUUCUUAAGUUUAUUUUUGAUUAUUUAUUUAUUCAUUUGUAAUUUAACAGUAUGUUUAUUACUCCUUUUGCUUGUUUCAGUCUUUUACCACACAUGAAGUACAUAAUAAAGACUACGCACCGU